AAUAUCUUGUUGUAGUCUGCCUUUGCUUUUCCCUCUAAAUCCUAUUUCUCUAUUUCUCCAAUUCUUGUAGGAGGCCUAGGCCAGGUUUGCUUGUUAAUAUCUACUAGAUGGCUUCGCAGAAGAUCACUGAAGCACAAUGGGCUGAUGUAAAGCCACUUAUGAAGUACCUCUAUAUCGAUCUAGAUUACUCUUUGAAGAAAUUAAGAGAAGAAAUGAUAAGAUUGAAUUUCCAAGCCACGCUUAGCCAAUACCGUACUCAAUUCAGGAAAUGGGGUACGCAAUGGAAUAAGAAUCACAAAUCCGAAGACACGGAAAGGCUUUCAGCUUUGGUUUCUCACAGAAAAAAGGUUGGCAAAGGAAGCGAUGUCUAUGAAUGGGGCAAGCUAUUGCCAGAAACAGAGGUCCGGAGGCUGGUCACAAAAGGGAACCCAGCCAUGCUUCAACGUCUAAGAAUAAUUAAUGACGGUCAACAGCGGCUUCCAAAGAGAUGGGUCGUUCGCACCCCUCUGCCGGAUCUUACGUCGUCGCUCACUGCCGGCCUUCCUUUCUUUGAAGUAGAAAACUCUCUUCUACUCCCCCAAGUUUACAAUGUCGACGAUGCCUUAGAGGUACGGCAAGGAGAUGCCGAGCCGAGUUCUCAGCAUUCGAGCUCUGCAGACCCGGUCUUCUUCACGACCAAUGCCGCAGCACUCAAUGCCCUGAAUUCCAUCGUGCCCUACCCCAUCAACCAAACCUGCACCACUGUCACACCACUAUCUCGGCAAGUAUUACACUCGACCGGAAAUAACUUCUCUGCUCUGGGAUCAUUUCCUCCUGGGCAGCUUUUGCAAUUUCUCAAGCAAACAGCAAUAGCGAAACUCUACCCCUCGAUUCUGUCCCUAUCUCACCACUCCACUCGCUCGAUAGCACAAAGCCUCUUAAAGGGCGCAAUUGAGAUAGGGGACGAGGUAACUCUCAAGGCCAUACUGAUGAAUAAGACCCUCAUGAUUGACAUCAAUCAACAAGUCUGUUUGAUUGAAGGUCGCCGAUAUACGCCAAUUGAGCGUGCCUCGAUACUGAAGCGCAAGAGUAUCAUUCGGAUUAUGCUCGACCACCACGCGGACGUUAACAAGACGUAUCCAUGCGACUUCUGUAAGCAUUACCCACGGGAUAUCUACGGAUGUCAGCGACAUGGUGCAUUGGAGUACGCGCUAUACCAAGGUCGAUGUGAUCCGGAGAUUGUUGAAAUGCUUCUCCAAGCUGGGACCCAUGUCAACUUCCGGAGGAUAGGUUUGCUUAUCGACCACGGACACGAGAAAUACGUACCCGCCCUCGUUUCAAAAUUUGUCAGAACGUUCUAUGGGAAACGGGCUCAUCUAGGGGAUGCCAAAUUACCCCCUGGUACAUUAUCGCUCCACAAUCAAUUGGGGGACGCCAUUAUGUCAUUAGGCGAAAUGACAUGUUUGAACAUCUUGCGCUUUUUGCAUGAAGCGGGCGCAGACAUCAAGCAUAGUAACUUACUCGACGCCGCAGCGGAGAGGGGAUCAUUGAAUCUUGUUCAGACACUCUUAGAAUACGGCGCGACUCCUACUAACAAGACCUUGUGUUGUGCCGUCGGAAGCCGACAUCAUGGUCUUCAGUCGGUAGAUCAUAACCCAACAGCUAUCAAGGAUGGCGAACUUCGAUGGCUCAAAACCCGAUGGCUCGAGGGCCCUUGCAAGACACCUUUGGAGGAAGUAUUCCCAAGUCCGCGCGACUCGGCGACGGACCGCCCUGUCAAAAAAGGUAUACUUGGGUUAUCUAAUCGCUUCCACACAGCCUGCAUGGCGAUAUUUGACAGCGGAGAUACAAAACCGAUCCUGGAACUAGUCGAAGAAGGCGAACUACAGAAUCUUAGAAUAUCCAAACUAGGAGCGACCUCGAAUGCACUCGAUAACGCCUUAUGUAAAGUAUCAGAUAUUGGCGACUAUGGAGCCGCCGUGGUACUCCUUAACAUUAGCAUGAAUCUCGACACUUCACAUAGAGGCGGAAUCCUCGAGCGCGCACUUUUGCGUGCUGUGCGAGGGGAUAAUGCUCAAAUUGUUGAGUUAAUACUCGAUUAUGGCGCCGAAACGGGCACUUGGGACAGAGAGCCGCCCCGGUCAAACUUCGCUCAUAUUCGGAACAGUCAAGGAGGCCUUGAAUUCUUCAGUCAUGACUUUUACGUGCCAUACGAUUUUCCGGUCGGCCGUAAUAACCCGAUCGCCGUUGCAGCUCAAUCGCGUAACUAUCCGAUGAUCAAAACUCUGCUCGCGGCUGGAGUAAGACCACACCUCUCGAUCGCCGUGAAGCAGAAAGACAUCAGUCUAGCAUCGUUGUUAUUCGAGGCGGGCGCGGAGAUUAAUGAUGAAGCAUUGACAGAUGCUACGCGACUUAGAGACUUGGAUAUGGUCGAAUGGCUGCUUCGCCAUGGUGCAGACCCGCACAAUUUCGAAGCCCUUGAAGCCGCUUUCUUCGCACACGGGCCAAUAUUCGAAUUAUUACUGGAUUCCCAUAAGAAGAGAUACCCUGUAAAGAGGAAAGGCUUCGUGUCUUCAUUGCUGUCUCAAGCCAUUUCAAAGGGUAGCGAAUCUGAGGUGAGGUACUUGUUACAUCACGGCGCAGAUCCCACUGGCUUCGUUUGUUAUCUCAACAACAGACCGCCUAUGCUCGCUUUUAGCCCUUUUGGCUUUGCGAUCGGUAUCAACCAAAAUGGGAAUGUGCCUCUGGUCGAACUACUCCUAAGGGAAGGCUGCGAUCCUAACGGCGUGGUCUCUGAAAUAAGACAUCAAAGCACAACUAUGCAGAGAACCACGGCUCUCCUCGCAGCGGUCAGUACGCGAAGCAUUGAAAUGGUGGAGCUUCUGACCAAGAAGGGCGCUGAGAUCAAUUACCCCGCGAAAGGGCUUAUCAAACGCACGCCCAUUCAGAGGGCCGCCGAGAUUGGAUGCUUUGAAAUGGUGGAAUUGUUGUAUAACUUCAAUGCAGAUGUCAAUGCGCCGCCAGCCGUGAGGGGUGGCGCAACGGCGCUUCAAUUGGCUGCGAUUGGCGGUUAUAAUCGCAUAGUCUGCUAUCUGCUAAGUCGCAAAGCCGAUGUUGACGCCCCGGCAGCUAUGUUUGACGGAAUGACGGCACUCGAAGGGGCUGCUGCUAAUGGGCGUACAGAUACGGUAUAUAUCCUCCUUCAGGCCGGUGCGGGAUCAUACGGCAAGGAUAUGCCACAAUUCGAGAAGGCAAUAGCUAUGGCUAGGGAAAACGGGCAUUAUCCCACCACCGAUCUAAUUCAAGAUCAUCUGAAUUCCUUGCCGAAGGAAGACCUGGAAAUGCUCGAUGAUUUGGGGACGCCUAGUAGUUUAAAGGCAACUCAAUCCCCCGAGAACACCAUCAACUGGGAUAACUAUGACUUGGGUAUCCCUGAUUUUUCUGGAGAGCAAACAAACUGGGUCAGCUAUGGUUCGGAUGAAUUUGACAUGUCUGUUGGAGGAUUUGUUGCUCCAAAUCGGUACGAUAUAGGUGUUUUUGACGUCUCUGCCGAGGAAUUCACAGACUUCGAUGAUGGUCGUUUAGGGGCUUAUAAUCAUUGACUCGGGCAGGAAUAGUAUG